UGCAGCAGUUACUUUAAAGCCAUGUUCACAGCCGAUAUGAAAGAGAAAUCUAAAAACCAGAUCAGACUUCCCGGGCUGAGCCAUGCCGUACUGGAAUCCCUGGUGAAUUAUGCAUACACAUCGCAGAUCCAGAUAACAAAGAGAAACGUCCAAAGCCUGCUCCAGGCUGCAGACCUCCUCCAGUUCGUGUCAGUAAAGAAAGCCUGUGAGCAGUUUCUGGUGAGGCACCUAGAUACUGACAACUGCAUAGGGAUGCACUCCUUCGCUGAAUAUCACGACUGCUCGGAGCUAGAAAAAGAGUCCAGGAGGAUAUUGUUAGGGCAGUUUGAAGACGUGUGGAAGCAGGAAGAGUUUCUGGACAUUGGCAAGGAGAAGCUCUCUCAUAUUCUCUCCAGAGAGAAUCUCAACAUUUGGAAUGAAGAGACAGCCAUUGAAGCUGUCAUUAAGUGGGUUGCACACAAUGUGGAAGAAAGAAUUGAAGACAUCUAUGAACUGCUGAGCUGCAUCAAAGUAGACUUAGAUAACAUGUAUCUGAGGUCAGCUUUAAGCCUGCAAAAAAAACACCGACUUAAUGACAGUAAGAUAAGGUCAGUCAUACACAGUGCCCUGAACCUCAGUCCCAAAGGUCUUUCCAGAAGACCCACAGCGGCCAUGCAUGUGAUCGGAGGAUAUUAUUGGCAUCCUUUAUCAGAAGUGCAUGUUUGGGACCCUUUAACCAACGCAUGGAUCCAGGGAAGAGAGAUGCCGGAUCACACCAGAGAGAGCUAUGGGGUCACUAGCUUGGGACCGGACAUAUAUGUGACAGGAGGUUAUAGAACAGAGAGCAUCGAAGCCCUUGACACCGUGUGGAUAUAUAACAGUGAGAGAGAUGAAUGGACAGAAGGUUGCCCCAUGCUUGACGCAAGGUACUACCACUGCGUCGUUUCCUUGAGUGGCUGCAUCUAUGCACUGGGUGGUUACCGGAAGGGAGCUCCAGUGCAAGAAGCUGAGUUCUAUGAUCCUUUAAAAAAGAAAUGGCUUCCUAUUGCAAACAUGAUCAAAGGUGUUGGAAAUGCCACUGCCUGUGUCCUGCAUGAAGUCAUCUAUGUAACCGGAGGUCACUACGGGUACAGGGGAAGCUGCACCUAUGAUAAAAUCCAGAGAUACCAUUCAGGUAGCAAUGAGUGGAGUAUAGUCACCGCAAGUCCCCAUCCAGAAUACGGAUUGUGUUCAAUUACAUUACAAAACAAGAUCUAUUUUGUGGGUGGACAGACCACGAUCACAGACUGCUAUGACCCAGAGCAAAACGAGUGGAAGCAGAUGGCUCACAUGAUGGAGAGAAGGAUGGAGUGUGGUGCGGUGGUUAUGAACGGAUGCAUCUAUGUAACAGGAGGAUAUUCAUAUUCAAAAGGAACGUAUCUGCAGAGUAUUGAGAAAUACAUCCCUGAAUUGAAUAAAUGGGAAGCAGUAGGUAAUCUUCCCAGCGCUAUGCGGUCACACGGCUGUGUAUGUGUGUAUAACGUGUAA